AUGAAUGAACUAAGUGAUAAUUUCGAAAGGGAAAGAAAAGAAAGAGAAUAAAAAGAAGAAUAAAUCGUUAUGAUCCUAAAAGAACUUUCAUAACAUACACAAGAUAAUCUUUCAAGAAUAAAAAGAGAUAGAGAAAGAAAUGAAGAAUAAAUAGUUCUUUUAGUUGAAAAUGUUAUUGAAAAACUUAAGAUAGAAAUGGUUGAAUUAGAAAUUUGA